CAGAGCAGAAGCAUCAAGAGUCCCACAGCCUAGAAUCCUAGUUUUUAAAAGAGAUCUUGACAGUCAUCUAUCUCCUCACCAUCAGAAGACGAAUUAAGGAAGCAAAGGUUAAAAUCAACUAUUUCAAAUUCAUGAUACAAAAGAGAAAAAUUUCAGGAAAAUCCUGAUGCUGCCAUGAUGACUUGCAAAUUUUCAAGAAUGACAACUAUUAUAAUAGCUCAAGGUCGAGGAACUUCAUGAAGACUUAGUUGAAGUUGCGGAUAUAAAAAGUACAAACUUUCUGAAAAGCCUUGGAGAAAGCUGCAGCUCAAUAUGGAUGAACAAGUAAAUCUACCUGAAAUGACCCAAGAUUGGACUAAAGAGCAUGUGAAACAAUGGGUCACUAACGACCUUCAGAUUGAUGAAAAAUAUGGACAGAUUCUGCUCUGUGAAGAAGUGACAGGGCGAGUCCUACAAGUACUAACAGAGAAGGAUCUUAUAGAAAUGGGAUUACCAAGAGGUCCAGCACUUUUAAUAAAACGCAAGUUUAAGAGCUUGAAUAAUCUCUCCUCUAAAAAUAGCAAUCAGAAUUCUGGACAAUUGGAUCAUGCAGAACCCUCCAAAAAGGAACACACAAAGAAAACACAAACAACAGAAAACACAUUAUCCAAUAAUGAUCAUGAUGUCAGAGAGAUCCAAAAUGCUAAAGCACAAGAAUUGGCUGCUACAGGAAAAAAUGCGCAAGAUGAAGUAGGCAUUACUGAAGAAAAAAAAAAGAAAAGAAAAAUUGUACAGUCAACUUGCAUGCCAUAUCCUUUUGAUCAGUUCCAUGCCAGUCAUCAUUACACAGAACAUUAUAUUUUACAACCUGAAACAGGGCCACUAAAUCUCAUAGACCCAAUACAUGAGUUCAAAGCACUUACAAACACAGAAACAGCCACCGAAAAGGACAUAAAAAUGAAAUUUAGUAAUGAGGUCUUCCGAUUUGCAUCAGCUUGUAUGAAUUCGCGUACCAAUGGUACCAUCCAUUUUGGAGUCCUUGACAAACCCCAUGGUGAAAUUGUUGGUGUGAAAGUCAGGAGUAAAGAUGCUUUCAUUGACCACUUCAAUCUAAUGAUCAAACAAUAUUUUGAAGAAAGUGAAAUCAAAGAAGCCAAGAAAUGCAUUCGGGAGCCACGAUUUGUAGAAGUCCUACUGCAGAACUAUACACCAUCGGAUAGGUUUGUUAUUGAGGUAGAUGUUAUUCCAAAACACUCCAUAUGUAAAGAAAAGUAUUUCUACACUAAUAUGCAAAGUUACAAAAAUGAUACAUGGAAACAAAAUCAAGAGAGUUCACUGUUUGUGAGAGAUGGAGCUAGCUCUGUGGAUAUCCUAGCCAAUGGAAAACAAAGGGAUAAAAACUUUAAAACAUUUCUGCAAAAUUUGAAGUCACUGGCAGAAGAUAGAAAAGAUGCUGAAAAAGAACAUGAAAUGAAAGCCAACAAGAAAGAAUGUGAAGGACAAAAGCUGAUUAAACUUCUCAUAGGAAACCAAGACUCUCUGGAUAAUUCAUACUACAAUUGGUACAUUCUUGUAACAAACAAGUGCAAUCCAAGUCAAACAGAGAAAUUAGACUUUCUAAAAGAAAUCAAAUGGUUUGCUGUGCUGGAAUUUGAUCCUGAAUCUGAGAGCAAGGGAGUAGCCAAAACUUAUAGAGAAAGUCGAGUAGCAAAUCUUCACUUUCCAAAUCAGUAUGAGGAAAAGACAACUACCAUGAGGGAGAAAAUUUCUAGUCUGAAUCUUUACCAGCAGCCCAGCUGGAUCUUCUGCAAUGGUAGAUCAGAUUUGAAAGAUGAGACAUAUAAGCCUUUGGAACCACGUCAGUGGCAGAGAGAAAGAGCUUCAGGGGUGACAAAACUAAUUUAUUUUCUCACAGAUGAAAAUAUAAUGACAAGAGGGAAAUUUUUGGUAGUGUUUCUAUUACUUUCUCCAGUGGAAAGCCCAGGAGAUCCACUCAUUGAAACCUUCUGCACUUUCUUUAAGGUUCUCAAUGGAAUGCAAAAUAUCAUGUGCAUCUGUGUAACUCCACAGAUUUACCAGCGAUGGAAAGAUCUACUACAAACAAGAUUUGUAAUGUCAGAUGAAUUAACAAACCACAGUAUUUCCACUUUAAGUUUAGAAUUAUUAAACAGUACUAUCCUUAAACUGAAAUCAGUGACUCAAUCAUCAAAAAGGUUUUUGCCUUCCCGGGGAUCUUCUUCAGUUAUCCUGGAGAAAAAAGAAGAAGACUUCUUGACAGCACUGGAAAUCCUCUGUGAAAAUGAGUGUGGAGACACAGACAUUGAGAAAGAUGAAUGCAAAUUCGAGGAGUUUAGAAAAUCAAAAGAAGAACACUUUUAUCGAGGUGGCAAAGUGUCCUGGUGGAACUUCUAUUUUUCCUCUGAAAACUAUUCGUCUUUUAUCAAAAGGGAUAGGUACGAAGAGCUCAGGAGUCUGAUAGAGGAUUGGGCAGAGUCUCCUAAACCUGUGUUUGCAAAAAUUAUUAAUCUUUAUCAUCAUCCAGGUUGUGGGGGUACUACAUUGGCUAUGAAUGUUCUUUGGGAUUUCAGGAAAAAGUUCAGGUGUGCUGUAUUAAAAAACAAAGCCACUGACUUUGCAGAAAUUGGAGAACAAGUGACCAAUUUGAUUGCUUAUAAGGCAAGCAGCUAUCAAGACUACAUUCCUGUACUUCUCCUUGUGGAUGAUUUUGAAGAACAAGAAAAUGUCUUUGUUCUACAGAAUGCCAUCCAUUCUAUUUUAGCAGAGAAAGAUUUGAGAUAUGAAAAAACACUGGUGAUUAUCUUAAAUUGCAUGAGAUCCCAGAAUCCUGAUGAAAGUGCAAAAUUAGAUGAUAGUAUUGUACUAAAAUACCAACUUUCUCCCAAGGAAAAAAGAGCUUUUAGCACCAAAUUAAAGGAAAUUGAAAAACAGCACAAGAACUUUGAAAACUUUUAUUCCUUCAUGAUCAUGAAAAGCAAUUUUGAUGAAAUGUACAUUGAAAAUGUAGUUGGGAAUAUCCUGAAAGGACAGGAUGGUGACAGCAAGGAAACACAACUAAUUUCUUUCCUAGCUUUACUCAACUCCUAUGUUACUGAUUCUACAAUUUCAGUGCCACAGUGUGAAAUAUUUUUGGGAAUCACAUACAUUAAGACACCAUGGAAACAAGAAAGCCUAGAAGACAAGAUGGGAACUUAUUCCACACUUCUAAUAAAUGCAGACAUUGCAGAAUAUGGAUUCCCAGGUGUACGGAUCAUUCACCCACUAAUUGCCAUCUUCUGUCUAAAAGAACUGAAAAAAAGCUACCACUUGGAUAAGAGUCGAAUUGCACUGAAGUUAUUAAGUGAGAACUUAUUCUAUAAUUCUGGUAUAGGAAAAGACAAAUUUCAACAUGAUGUGCAAACUCUUCUGCUGACAAGACAACGCAAGGAGUAUGGCGGGGAAACAGACACAUUGUUUUCUCCAUUAAUUGAAGAUUUACAAAAUGAAGAAAUUGAAAAGGUCUUAAUUGCAGGAAGUAAUCGAUUUCCACAAAAUGCAUUCAUUUGUCAAGCCUUAGCAAGACACUUCUACAUUCAUGAAAGAAACUUUAAUACUGCUCUGGAUUGGGCAUAUCAGGCCAAAAGAAAAGCCCCUAAAAACUCUUAUAUAUCAGAUACACUUGGUCAGGUCUACAAAAAUGAAGUCAAAUGGUGGUUGGAUGAAAAUAGAAGCUGUAAGGAGAUUACCAUUGAUGAUCUAAUGCAUUGCCUUGAUGCUGCUGAAAAAGCCUCAAGAGCUUUCAAAACAUCUCAAGAGCAAACUGAUAAGAAAGAUUCUGAAACAGAGGCUUGGUCAACACAGAAGUCCUUAAAAAGAUAUGAGAUGUAUAACACAGCUGGUUUUUUGGGUGAAAUCGAAGUUGGUCUUUACGCAAUUCAGAUUCUCCAGCUCACUCCUUGUUUCCACAAAGAAAAUAAAUUAUCACAAAGACAUACGGUAGAAUUUUUAUCAGGAAAGGGAAAUAUUCCUGAACAUUCAAAAGGUAAAUAUUAUUUGGCUAUCAGCAAGUUUACAUCCCACUUAAGAAAUUUACAAUCAGAUUUGAAAAGAUGUUUUGACUUUUUUGCUGAUUAUAUGGUUUUUUUGAAAACAAGAAAUACCCAAAAAGAAACAGCAGAAAUUAUACUAAGCAAGAAAGUCAGUCGAUAUUUCAGACAGUACAUAGAACUUUUCUGCCAUUCAGAUGUGGGAAUAUUGCAAAAUAAAGGGAGUCAGUUACUCCAAGAGGAGUAUUACAGAAAAAGUCUAGAAGCUAAACGAGCAGAUAGGUUUUCUGGAUUACUGGAAUAUCUAAAUCCAAGUCACCAGGAGACUGGGAACAUCAUGGAAAAUAUAGUGGAGGAAUAUGCCUUCCUAUUGCAGCAAAACCCAAAUAAACGGAUGAUAAAGGAGAAACAAAAUUUCAUUUUGGCCAACAUUAUUCUCAGCUGUCUAAAACCCAACUCUAAAUUCAUUCAGCCACUUGACACACUUAAAAAACAGCUCAGAGAAGUGCUGCAACUUGUAGAGAUAAAUCGUCAAUAUCCAGAUCCUUACUUCUUGGCAUGCCUUUUAUUCUGGCCGGAUAAUCAAGAACUAGAUCAAGAUUCCAAGUUAAUGGAGAAGUACGUUUCAUCCUUAAAGAAAUCCUUCAAUCGACAUUAUAGGCUCAUGUGUAGGUCCAAGCAAGCAAGUACUCUCUUCUAUCUGGGGAAUAGAAAGGGCCUCAACAGUCUUGUCCACAAGGCUGAGAUAGAGCAGUACAUCAGUAAAGUAAAAAAUACCAAUUCCUUCUGGCAGAGUGGACACGUGUGGAAAAAAGAAGAAGUGAAAGGUCUCCUUCGUCGUCUAAAUGGUAGGGCUGAAGGCAAGCUAAUAUUGAUGGAAUAUGGAACAGAGGAAAAAAUUAAAAUACCAGUUAUAUCUGUUUACUCAGGGCCACUCCGAAGUGGUAGGAACAUACAAAGAGUGUCUUUUUACCUAGGAUUUUCCAUGGAAGGUCCUCUUGCAUAUGACAUAGAAGUAAUUUAAGAAAACACGAGCGCUCAAAUGUGUUUUAUUAAUUCUGUGACUUUAUUUCCAUGGCACUUUGAUGACAAUUCGAAUGAUAGACUCUUGCUUUAGUCUUUUUCAAAUGAAAUAUAAUCCUUGAAGGGCACAAAACAUGUCUAAACAGAAACCUUACCACACAGCACAGUUAUUCAAUGUUCCAAAUAUGUGUUUUCAGAUUGAUGUAUUUAAUUAGGACAAUUCAAUUUGUAGAUACUGGUCAUUUUAUAACUGAUUAUAAGUUAGUAAAAUCUGUUUCAAUUGUCUCACUGUUACAAAUUUUUGAAUUAUGGAUUAUUCCUUCAUCAUGAAACUGGAGUUAUAAGCAAAUAAAAAACAAGUAUGGAAGAGAAAAUCUCUCCUUGGUUUAUUAA